AUGACAGAGGGCUUGACCUUUUCAAAGCGUAGCUCUAGAGCCAAUCCCAUAGAUGCAACCUUCGACAUCACAUUAUGGCCGAAUAUUGCCGAAGAAAACUGCUUUGCCAUGCUCUGCCUUCAAAAUGGGAACCGGGUUUACCAAAGAGUCUCUACGUCGAGUGCAGCCGAUGAUAACCGCCGUGAUUCUGGGGCAGAUUUCCGGCCAUUUAGGGCUGCUCAAUUAGCAAGCCGUCACACCAGUCAGAUAAACCCAACUACCGUCAGCGCAGAAGAGUUUCCAUGGGCGAGUACAAGACAAGGAGGUGCAACUGCCUACGUAUUCCCAGCCACAGUAGCCGAACAAAGCCGUCUACACGGAGCUCAAGGAACCGCUAUCAAUAGUGGCUAUGUACGUUCUGGAGUGGGUUUCGACGACUACUUUAGGAUCACAUUCACACCAGCCAACCUCUUUGGCCAAUAUUGCACUGCUCUACAUGCAAAUCCUCCAGAUACAUCAAUCUGCGGCAGAGAACCAACACAAACUCUUUUCGGUACCACAGGUAUUAACAUCGCCAAUUUCGCAUAUCAAGUCGUGAGAUCUGGAGCAGUCCCUUUUGCUUUUAUGCAUGUGGCUGGUGCCAACAAUGGAAAGAUCACAAAGCGGCAGCAAGACUUUGAUGUCGCAGGCAUUCUUGAGGCUGCUGAGGAUAUUAAGAACUGA